GAAAAGGGGGAUCCGGGGGAUCUGGGUCUGCGCGGGUGCGAUGCUAACGAGACGGUGCCUACCCCGGCUGACGCAGAUCUACGCGGACCCCGCCAAAAGGCUGGAGCUGUAUUUCCGCCCCAAGGACCCCUACUGCCACCCGGUGUGUGCCAAUCGCUUCCCCACCUCCACCGUGCUGCUCAAGGUGAAGAGGAGGACGAGGAAGACCAAGCGGUUGGACACCGAAGAUCAAACCCAGCCAGAAGUCCAGUUUGAAAUGGAAAUUCUUGGGACCGUCACCACUGUUUACAAAUUUCAAGGCAUGUCUGAUUUCCAGUACCUGGCCAUGCACUCUGGUCCUGAUGGGAAACCAACCUCCAUGUAUGACAAAGUCCUCAUGCUCCAACCAGAGAAGGAAGAAUUUUUCAAUAGAGAAUUACCGCUCUACAUCCCGCCACCGAUUUUCUCGCGUCUGGACACUCCCGUUGACUAUUUUUAUCGGCCAGAUAUACAACACCGGAUCUGUGCUCUUGAAGCA